AUGUCCAAGUUCAUUACCGACGCUACUGUUUCAUUUUCAGACCAAACAGUGAAGCAAAUCGGUCCCAUUUCAACGAAAUCACUCAUUGAGUACAUAGAAAAGACGCCGUCUUUGUUGUCGGAGAUCGGAAACAGGCACGACGAUGUGACGAUAAAGGAAGCCGGAGAUGGCAACCUUAAUUUCGUCUACAUCGUCGUUGCCACUUGUGCUUCUUUUAUCAUCCAACAGGCACUUACAUAUGAACGAUGUAUUGGAGAAUCUUUGUCAAUGAUAAUAGAAGGAGAAUAUUUUGAAGCAGUAACAUCAAAAGAACAUGGUGGGUUAUGCCGUGAAUAUGUUCCUCAACUUGAUCACUUGGACCGUACCAUUGGAAUGCAAUGUUCAGAGCCUCCCCAUAUAAUCCUGAGAAAAGGGUUGAUUACUGCAAUUGAAUAUCGAUUUUUAUCUGAGCAUAUGUUCGAAUACAUGGUCGACUCUCUUCUUUAUAGGCCAACCACUGAGGACAAAUGUGCAGUGGCUGAAUGUUGUGGGAAUGUGGAACUCUGUAGGCUCAGUGAGAUAUACAAAGAGUGGAGAUUGAAGAGAAUUGAGCAAACAUGGGAUCUUUUCCACCAAAAACUCAACAAGGAUGAGUCAGGGAAGGCUUAUCUUCCAGCAAUAUAUAACCUUAUCCAAGAGGAAUAUAUGAAGGAAUUGUUCCAUGACACACUUGGUUUUGGUAUUGCUAAGAUGAUAAGGAGAAUUGGUGGUGUUGACCAUGUUGAGGACUUUGAAUCAAUCAGAGAAGGUAGCAUAAGAGCAGAUAGUGAGGCAAAGGCACUUGAAUUAGCCAACUCUCAUCUCAAGGAGAAGCAACAAUUCUUGGCCAUUGGUGAAGUUAUAUCACCCAUCAUGCAAGUCCAAUCAUGAUGGAAAUCACCUGAAAAUUGAUAUCGGUUCCCCAAGUAAAAAUCUUCAAAUACAUUUGUAGAUAUAUAUAUACACAGUGAGUGAGUAAUGUGUGUAUAUAUAUACCUCAAAACUGAUAUUGGUUCCCUCAAAAAAACUUCAAAUAUGUAUGUAUAAUCGUUGAACUACUGUAUUGUCCGCAUUUAGCAAUCCUUUGUGCUAAAUAAAUGGAAAGUUUUCCAUGAUUGCUUUGA